AUGUCUGCAAAAGCAGAGGCUAUUUUGACUGAAGAAGAACAAGAACUUAAGAGAUCAUUUCAACGACUAAGAGAAAUUAAAGAAGCCGUUUUUGCGACAAAAUCUGUUCGGACUGGUGAAACGUCAAAAACAAAUAAAAAUGAUGUUUCAAAAACACAGAAGGCGGAGGCUCGUGCGGAACAAGCUCGUCGCAAAGCUGCUGAGGGUCAACUUGCCUUCAAUCCAUCAUCAGGGAACAGAACUUCGUUUAAGAAACGAAAAAAGGUUUUGAGUAUAAAUUGGUUAGUAAAAUGUUUCUUUCAGGACUCGUCAAUCGAUGGUAGUACUGAAGACAGGGGAGGUGAACAGAAUACAAGUGCCGAUGCAUCUCUUAACCAGUCUAUUGGUGAACAACCAGCUGCAAGAGAUGUAAUGGAUGGUAUCGUUUUCCAAAAUAGAGUUCCAUCAAUGCGUGAUUUUAAAAUACCAAAAAAGAAGCCAAGAACUAGCGAAUCAAAUGAGGCAGAUCCAUUUAGUAAUAAAGGCGAUGAUAAUAGUGGAUUUUCUAGUGGAGGAUUCUCGAGUGGAUUUUCUAGUGGUGGAGGAGGUUUUAAUCGCAAGCCAUCCCUCGAUAAUGCUUUUGGAGGAAAACCUCAACGAUCUUCGUCUAAUCAAAGUAUUGAAUUAGUUGGGGAAUCUGCCAACUCUGCUGAUUCUGUUGAAUUUGUUGGAGAAACGAGGGAAAAUGCUUUUGGAAAUUCAGGGUUUGGGGGCGGAGGUGGUGGCUCUAAAAAGUCUUCCGGAUUUGGUAGUGGAGGAAAUGGUGGAUUUUCAAAGAGUAGUAAUAGUUGGGGCGGUGGUGGAUUCCAAGAAAGCAGUGAACGUAGGAAUUCUAACAAUGAUGAAGGAGGAUUUGGAAAUGUUGGUUUUGGGAAUUCAAGUUUUGGUGAGAAAAGUUCUGGCGGCUUUGGUGGGGACAAUAAUAAUAGUGAUGGAGGAGGCGGAGGAGGAUUCUCUAAUUCUGCUUUUGGCAAUUCAGAUUUUGGAACUGGUGGCUUUGGAAAUACUGGUGAUAGUAGUAAUAAUGAAGGUGGUGGAUUUUCUAAUUCUGGAUUUGGAAACAGUGGUUUUGGAAAUUCUAGUUUUGGAGAAAAUUCAGAUGAUAGGCAACAAAAUAAUGGCUUUGGAGGUGGUGGAGGAAGAGGUAGAGGAGGAGGUGGUGGUGGAAGAGGUCGUGGCGGUGGUGGAGGUAAUAGAGGAGGAGGUGGAAGAGGCGGAGGUAUUCGAGUUUCUAAUUUUUUCAUUCUUGUUUUUAAGGAAUUUGUAACUUUUUCGCUCGCACCGGAAAUUGCAAAUAUGGAGAUACUUGCAAAUUUAAACACGAACAAGGCGAAGGUGGUGGAGACUCGUCAAAUAAUCGCGGAUUUGGUGGAGGAGGUGGUGGCCGCGGUAAUGAUCGUCGUGGUGGUGGUGGGAGAGGAGGAGGUCGAGGUUUUCAACGUGACCGCGGUUCAAGUGAACAAAGUGAUGGAGGAAGUGGCGGGUUUGGCGGUGGUAGUAAUAAUAGUGGCGGGUUCAAUAAAGGCGGGUUCCAAAGCGGAGGAAAUGGAGGAGGCGGUUUCAGUUCAGGAGGAUUUGAGACGGGUGGAUUUUCAAAUAGCGGGUUUGGAGGAGGUUCGGGUGGUGGAUUUGGAAAUUCUGGGGGUAGCGGAUUUGGUAAUAAUUCUGGUGGUGGAAAUCGUAACGGAAAGGGACGUCGAGAAUCAGAUGAGGGUGCUGGUGGGGGCGGAGGAUUUGGAAAUGAAGGUUUUGGGAAUGGCGGUUUUUAGCUUAAUAAGCUUUGUAAGAACAUAUUGA